GUUUCCCACGAGUUCCAUCUGAAAGCAACGUUAACGAACAAUUUUGCUUCCACGUCUCUUCCACAAUGACAACAAAAACAUAAGACCACCAAUCACCAAAUGCGCUUCUUCCACGCAUUCACCUUUCCUAAGACGUGGACUUCAUAGUACCACCAAGCCUUCCCCACACAAACCAAAGAAAAAAAAUAAUAAAGAUUCCUGAAUAAUCAAAACCAACAAAAUCACAGAUUCCCCUUUGCUUCUGCUUCUGCUCUGUUUCUUCUUCUUCUUCAUCUUCCAGGAUAUGGCCUUAGUUAGGCCUGUUUUCUGUGAAUUGAAGAACCAGAGCCCUGUAGUUCAAAAGAACGAUCUGGGUUUGAAUCUGCAAUCUCAGAAAGUGAGAUUACCUGAGGUAUUAUCAUCACAAAAUGGAAGUUCUGAAAGUAGUAGUAAUAAGAUUGUCCUGCAGCCAAGGCUCUGUACUCUGAGGACUUAUGGGUCGACUGAUCGAAUUGGGUUGAUGAAAACUGCUGGAAUUGAUGGCGAUGACGAUCAAGUUUCGCGGUUUUUCGCAACGCUGUCGGAUUAUAUUGAAAGCUCAAAGAAAAGUCAGGACUUUGAGAUCAUCUCUGGUCGUCUUGCCAUGGUAGUGUUUGCAGCGACGGUGAGCAUGGAGUCUGUGACUGGAAACUCAUUAUUCAGGAAGAUGGAUUUGCAAGGAAUUGAAGAAACAGCAGGGGCGUGCUUGGGGGCCAUAGUUUGUGCUGCUGUUUUUGCUUGGUUUUCGAGCAAUCGGAAGAGAGUUGGCCGGAUCUUUACGGUCAGUUGCAACGUUUUCAUCGACAACUUGAUUGAUCAGAUCGUGGACGGAUUGUUUUAUGAGGACACUGAUGAUUGGUCAGAUGAUAUCUGAAAUACAUAGUAGAUAACUAGUAUAGUUAGCUAUGAAAAAAUUUGUCGACUAAAAGUAUUUGAUGUUAUACAGCGUAUUAUGUAUCAAGUGCUUGUACAUAGUUAGUAUAGAAGGAAAUGUAUAGGAAGACGAUAUUCUAUCCAUCCCAGAAAAAUAGUUUAUUUUAUUAAAUUUGGAUGGAAGGAAUAUAGAGUGGGUGGAAUUUCAAAUACAUGUAAAUUUUCUUGGAUUUGUCACUCUUCCUUCAGUGAUCAUGUAGCUAUGAUCACUUAACGGAUCCUGGAUUUUGAUGUAACUCGAUAUGUAAGAGUUUUAAGUGUGGAAAGAUUGAUAUGUGAAAUAUCAAUAAUACGUAAUCAUUUGAGUCAAAUCUCCAAUUGUUUAGAGACCAUGGAUGAACUGAUGGAACAAUAAGUUUAUUCAGUAUUCACAACAUCAACCAGAUUUUCUGAAAGGUCAACAACAGCACCUAACAAAACCAAGUUCAUCUUAAAUGCCAAUCAUUUCCUUGGCUUGUGCUCUAUGCAAAUACACUCUGUUCCGCUGAGAUUUCCAACGACUAAUAAACCUUACUACAUUUUUAAGCUUAUAGGAAAUUUACUCUCACAUUUGCAUCAAAUUGGGGC